ACUACGUAAUGGCGGGGUGGAAAUUAGCGGGAUGUAGGCUAAACCCUAUCUAGCGGCGCCCGCCACCAGGCUGCUCUGUGGGAAUUCUAAUUUUCAAUCUCGGGCUGCUCACCAACUAACGCUGAAUCUCAUCCUCUUACUUCCUCACUUCUUGUUCCCUCAAACCGCGUGAAGUAAUAGGCAAGCAUACGCCUUUGAUACUUCACGAGUCCUCCCUCUUUGCUUCAUAAGGCAUCGCAUACCUAGAUAGUUGCCAACUGACACUGUCCCGCCUAUCGAUUAGCGCCCUAGGCCCCACCUCGAUAUAGAGCCUGAAAGAAAAUCAGCCCGACUUUUACAGUCUACACAUUCUGCAUACAGACACAUAAGGAAGAGAAACAUGGUAUCUGCUUCUAAAGCCGCCCGCGAGGCUAAACGUCUCGCUGCCGGCAAGGAGCCCAAGAAGACCGCCGCCUCCAAGGUCUCUUCCAAGGCUGGUUCCAAGAAUGCCUCCAAGGCUUCGUCUGUCAACGGCGAGGAGGAGGAUGAGAUCGCCAAGCUCACUUCGCAAAUCGAUGAGCACGGUAUCUCUGACCGUGUCACGACUGGUGUGCUUUCGUCGCUCGCGGCCAGUCGCGACGUCAAAAUCACAUCCGCCAGUCUUGUGUUCCACGGAAAAAAUCUACUCACAGACUGCACCUUAGAGGUCACUUUCGGUCGAAGAUACGGACUCCUCGGUGAGAAUGGCUGCGGCAAGUCUACUCUCCUGAAAGCCAUCGACAAGCGUGAAUAUCCAUUUCCGGAGCAUGUUGAUAUCUACCUCCUUAAUGAGGGUGCCCCACCAUCAGAAUUGGGUGCUUUGGAGUGGGUUGUCAAGGAGGCUGAGAACGAGUUGGCGAGGAUGGAGAAGCAAGCCGAGACCAUCUUAGAAAACGAUGGGCCUGAGAGCCCUGUUCUUAUGGAUCUUUAUGAGCGCAUGGAAUCUAUGGACCCAUCUACCUUCCACACUCGUGCUUCCCUCAUCUUGACUGGUCUCGGAUUCAACAAGAAGACGAUUUUGAAGAAGACGAAAGAUAUGUCUGGUGGCUGGAGAAUGCGUGUUGCUCUUGGCAAAGCCCUUUUCGUUCGCCCCUCUCUCCUCCUACUCGACGACCCUACCGCCCAUUUGGACCUGGAAGCCUGUGUGUGGUUGGAAGAAUAUCUGAAGAAAUGGGACCGUACCCUCAUCCUCGUCUCUCACAGUAUGGACUUCCUGAACGGAGUAUGCACCAACAUGAUCGACAUGAGAAUGAAGAAACUCACGUACUACGGUGGUAAUUACGACUCGUACAUCAAGACCAGGUCCGAACAGGAGACAAACCAGACCAAGGCCUAUGAAAAGCAACAAGAAGAAAUCAAGCACAUCAAGAAGUUCAUUGCAUCCGCUGGAACAUACGCCAAUUUGGUCAAGCAGGCCAAAUCUCGGCAAAAGAUUCUCGAUAAAAUGGAGGCAGAUGGCUUCAUCGAGGAGGUCGUUCAGGACCGUGUCUUCUCUUUCCGUUUCGCCGAUGUUGAGAAGCUACCACCUCCUGUACUCUCCUUGGACGACGUGACAUUCGCGUACUCGGGCAAGAAAGAAGACAACCUCUACGAAAAUCUUGAUUUUGGUGUCGACAUGGACUCGCGUACUUGUCUUGUUGGACCCAAUGGUGUUGGUAAAUCCACCCUUCUUCGUAUCUUUACUGGAGCUCUUUCGCCAUCUGGAGGAAGUGUCUCACGCCACUCGCACCUGAAGCUUGGUCUCUACAGUCAGCAUUCAGCAGAGCAACUCGAUCUUACCAAGUCUGCUCUCGACUUUGUCCGCGACAAGUACCCCGCCGUUAGCCAAGACUACCAAUACUGGAGACAGCAACUUGGCAAAUACGGUCUUAGUGGUGAGUCUCAGACUGCUCUAAUGGGCACUUUGUCAGAGGGACAGAAGAGUAGAAUCGUGUUCGCUCUUUUGGCUAUCGAAUCGCCAAACAUGCUUCUACUUGACGAGCCUACCAAUGGUCUUGAUAUUCCUACUAUUGACAGUUUGGCUGACGCCAUUAACGCUUUCAACGGUGGUGUCGUUGUUGUCUCCCACGACUUCAGGUUACUCGACAAAAUUGCGAAAGACAUCAUGGUUUGCGAGCACAAGACAGUACGCCGAUGGGAUGGCACCAUCACCGAGUACAAGAACCACCUCCGCAAAAAGAUGACAUCGACUGGCUCCGUCUAGGCAUUAUUCACAGCAGAUGACUGAAAAGUGGAGGAAGACGCCAGACAAGCGAUGAGGACCAAUGCGUCCCAAUCGCGAGGCAGGAGGGUGCCCAUGCAGCUGGAAUCUGCCCUAUCAUGGAACAUGUACGGCUGGAUAGAGGUGUUCUAUACUGGGUUUG